AUGGCUAACAACAAAGACAUUGAUGAUGGGAAGACCGUGACGGGAAUGAUGGACAAGAUGCAGGAACGGGAGCAACAACUGGAAGAUGCCUUCAAUGAGAUUGAGAUUUGGGACAAUGCACUGGAGGCUCAGGAACGCGCCUUGGCACAACAACGUGCUGACAAUGCGGCACUGCAAGCACAGCUCGCUGCCCUCCAGAGUCAGGCCAGCCAUCUACCUACCAUGAUGAUUCAGCCAUCUCCCACUCUACCCCACAACAAUCGCGUGUCUCCUGACCGUCAAGCAUUGACUCCACCGGUCAGAUCUAGCGACAAAACCUAA